AUGAAGAUUUUAUUGAUGUUUCUCAGUUUAUUAGAAGUUUAUAGUUUACAAUAUAAAGAACAAUUUUAUGGACUUUUGAAUCUUGCUUGGCUAGUACUUCCUAUUGGUUUCAUCAUUGUAAUACUAUUGAGUUUUGUGUGGAUUUUCAUCUUACCAUCUCCAAGUAAUCUAAUUAAUGAAUCAAAUUCUGAAUUAAAUUUAACAUCGUCAAUUAUUGAACAGCGUUACAUUCUCUGUAUCAUGAUAUACGCUUUAUCUGGUCUUUUUGAAUUAGCUACUGAACCACUAUGGCUUAUUUGUCAAUUAUCACAUGAAGUUCGUGCAAGAAUUUUCAUUGAAGCUUUUGCUAAUACUGCUCGUUCAAUUGGAAUAAUAUUUGCAAUAUUUACUGUACCAUCCCAAUAUGCCAUUUAUUCACUUAGUAUACCUCAACUUCUUCAUGGUUCAACAUUGUUCAUAAGUUACUUAUUGUAUUUUCAAUAUGGCAUACCACGUUCAACAUCAAAUAACGAAUUGAAACUUAAAGGAAUCACAGGAAUCUCUUCGUUAAAAGAUAUUUUACCAAGUUAUUUUCGGUAUUCUAUCGAUCGACAAGGCCUACAACUUGUAAAGAACUUUUUUGGUCAGUGUAUACUGAAACAACUCUUAACAGAAGGUGAAAGAUAUCUAAUAAGUGCGUUUCAUUUGAUAAGUUUCACUGAUCAGGGUAUAUAUGAUCUUGUCAAUAAUUUGGGCUCUUUAGCGGCUCGUCUACUUUUCUUACCAUUGGAAGAAAGUUGUCAUUUUAUGUUUAGUCAGUGUAUUCAAAGAGAUAUCUCUCCAAAUAAACAAGACAAAAAAUUACUUAUAGAUGCAUUUCGUAUGCUUAAAACAGCUUUACGCAUUUCAAGUCUUAUAGCUUGGAUUGGUGUAACUUUUGCUCAAGCUAAUUCUCGUUUAUUAUUAAUGAUUUACGCUGGGCAUAGAUUAGCUGAUAAUUAUGUAGCGGUUAAUUUAUUACAGUUAUAUUCUGCUUAUGUUUUGUUACUUGCAUGGAAUGGUUCAACUGAAGCGCUGUUGAAUUCCGCAAUAUCAACAGAUGAAGUUUUACGUCACAAUCAACGUUUAAUAAUAUUUUCUAUAAUAUUUCUCGGCGCGAAUUGGUUUUUUGUCCCAAUAUUCAAUGUAUACGGUUUUGUAUUGGCCAAUUGUAUUAAUAUGAUUACUCGUAUUUUAUAUAGUGUUUAUUACAUUAACAAAUUUUUGGCAAAAAUUGAUGAACCAACGUAUAUUGAAAAACAAAACAACUUGGAUGAUGAUAGCAGCUGCAGUAGUAGUGAUACAUCAUCGACUUUCGUUGUGUUAUCAAACUGUAAAAUGGAAAAAUUCUCAAAUAUUUCAUUAUUAUCAUUAAUGUUUCCAUCAUAUAGUGAAAUGUGCAUUCUAUCUAUUUCACUUAUAUGUACUUUAAUUUCACAAUACUUUUUCUGUUGUUCUUUUGGCAUUCUGUGGAUGAUAUUGCAUGGUACAAUUACAUUCGGGUUCUUAUUCAUCACAUUAACAAUAAUUUAUUACGAAGAAGUUGAUAUUUUACAACUUAUUCAAAAUCGUUUACCAUCUUUAUUACAACAUAAAAAAGCACAAUAA